ACCGAAACCGCCUGCAGGUCUAGGAUGGUGAAACCUGUCUUUUGCUUGCUGCGCAGUCGGACCAAAGGCAAAGUUUGUUUUAGCAUCCCCCGUCGCGAUUCGAUGAAGAAGCCAGCGCCUGCAACCCCCCGCGCGACCCGCGACGACUGCAUGGAGGAGACGCUCCUAUGACCUAUGGCCCCUCCCUCGGGCCUCCAUCAAUCAGCGAUACCCACCGACUUCGAGACGCUGCCGCUGCCGCUGCCGCUGCCAGGGCUGGUCCGCUCCUCGACCGCCCCCGUCACCUCUAACAACAGCAUCACAGCCGCAGCCGCCUCCUCACGCCGCCCUGACCCCUCCUCGCGCCUCUUGGUCCCCGGCGAUGCCCUCGUCUCGGCAUCGGCCUCGCCCCCGCGCCGGCUUGGCGGCGGCUUCGAAAGCGGCGGCAAUGGCUCCGGGAACGAGUCGCGCCCCCGCCGCCACAGACAGCCCAAGGACGCAAGUCGCAGCAGGAGCAGGAGGCGGAAGCGUUUCCAGAAGCUGCUAUGGGUGAAGCAAUCAUGUACGCCCCCUUCAAUUCGUAAUUCUUGGCGUUGUCUUUGCUCACACACUCUCUCACUCUCUGUGCCCGGCAGAUCCCGACAACUACACUGAUCAAGCCACGUUUCUCGAGAACCUCCAGCGGAACCCGCGUGUCCAGCCCUACGACUUUUGGCCGCUGAUCGCCGACUCGACCGUGAUACUGCAGCACGUCUGCUCCGUUAUCAUCUUUGUUGUCUGCUUCGUGGGAAUCUUC